AUGGCUAUUCGACGCUGGGGAGGCUGGCAGCCCGAUAACGUCGGGAGCAAGUUGUGGAACGCCAUCAACACUAAUUACCAUCUGGGGUUUACCUCCUUCGGUGGUCCCCCAGUGCAUUUCAAGAUCUUCCAUGACAAAUUCGUCCAGAAGCUGCAAUGGAUCGACGAGCAAGUGUAUCAAGAGCUAUUCAGUGUAUGCCAGGCCUUCUCUGGCCCUGGUAGUACCAAAAUGCAUUACUGUAUCAACCUCAUCCAUGACGGUUUCCUGCCGGCCUUACUGAGCUUUUUCAUCUGGAGCCUACCUGGCGCCCUCGGAAUGUACGGCCUCUCCAUCGGUAUCUCUAACAUCGGCGACUCCCUCCCCGGACCGGUUUAUGCACUCCUCUCUGGCCUCAACGCCUCAACCGUCGGCAUCAUCGCAGUCGCCGCCGUCCAACUAUCAGAGAAAGCCAUCACCGAUAAGACCACCCACAUACUCGUCUUCCUCGGAGGCGCGGCCGGAAUCCUAUACAACGCGCUGUGGUACUUUCCCCUUCUGAUGUUCCUGGCCGGUGUCGCAACUGUCGUCCAUGACUAUCGCUGGCUUCACGGCCCAGUCAAGGCCGUCUUGGCGGUGGUGAAGAACCCCAGAAGACGACGUCCGGCAGAAGAGAUAGAAUCCGUCGAGCUUUCGCAGUCGCAGUCUGCCAAUCAUCAUAACACUGCUAUCACCUCUGCUACUUCUUCCAGUGCUAUAACAGAACGGAAUGAGGCAGGGACGCGCUCAAGCCGAGACAAUCAUGCCGAAACUCUUCCGGUUACUGAGAACGGGCAUCUAGAGACCGAGUCGGAACCCCGCGUCGUCCCACCAGAACGCAGCCUCAACUUCUCCUGGACCUUCGGCCUCGGCAUAAUUAUCUUUUUCCUCAUUACUUUCAUCGUCAUUAUGGUCCUGCGCGGCGUAUUACCCGUCAAGUCGCUCCUCUUCAGCUUCUUCGCAAACAUGUACCUCGCAGGAACUAUCAUCUUCGGCGGAGGUCCCGUCGUCAUCCCCUUGCUCCGCGAAUACGUCGUCGCCGAAGGCUGGGUUAGCCCGCGAGACUUCCUCAUCGGCCUAGCCAUUCAGCAGAGCUUUCCCGGUCCCAACUUCAACUUCGCUGUGUACCUCGGCGCCCUGACUGCGAUCAACGGGGGUUACAACUCAGCUGCAGGGGCUACACUCGGAUUCAUUGGUAUCUUUGCCCCGGGCCUCAUUACCGUUCAUGGCACUAUGGGCAUAUGGAGUGCUAUCCGCGGCCUUAGAUGUGUAAAGUCGCUCCUCAGGGGCGUCAAUGCCGGUGCCGUCGGCCUUAUUUACACCGCCGUCUACCGCCUCUGGGAAAUCGGCUACAUAGACGAAAGUUUCCAGCAGGGCACAAGUCUCGCACAGGAGCCAUGGUGGGUUGUCGUGACGGCAUCGAGCUUUGUCUUCGGCUACUCCUUUGGCGUGAGCCCACCGGUCGCCAUCGUCAUGGGUGCCGUGUUGGGCCUUAUCUGGUAUGCAGUUGUUCGGACUUAA